CGGAAAGUCGGUGUGGUACAGUCAUGGAUGCCCUACGUCCCGAGUCGGAGCUGCAGCAAGACGAUGAGGAUGUCCAUGUUGUGAUCGGCGAUGCGCUCGCGCAGCGCGACGAUGACGGCGAGCCACCGACACCGCCGCCACCACAGCCAUCAUCAUCACCAGAGCAGGUACCACAGCCCCCGCACGCCGCUGUUAACUGGCCAGCAAUAUUUGCCACCGCACUACUCUCUGGCCUAGCAAUGGGAACGUUGGGGUGCGAGAGGAGUCUCGCUGACGAUGUGGCACUUGUCCUCGGCCUGGGCGAUGAAGUCCUCGUAGUGCCAGCCAUGCUCACGAUGACAUGGGCGGUGGUGCUGGGUAUACAGCCGCAGGCAGACUUGUCGUCGGCAAUUUUGACACUUCUAGUGGCAACCAGCUGGUGGAGUGCCUCUGCCAUGCACGUCAUCUUUACCUACGGUUGCAUCUUUGCGCGGGCGGCGCAGACGACAGACGUCGGUGAGACGUUGGUCUCUGCUGCGCGGACGGCCGUUGAAGGCCCGCUUCGGGCUGCACUUGAAUGGGCUGCUGGCCUGCGGCGCAGUCUUGCGAUCGCCACUGGAUCGGAAGAGUCGUCGAUGGUGAUGAUGGUCCAUGGCGCUGCCAUGGCCGCUGCCGCAAGCGCUGUUGCCGCCGCGCUCUGCGGCGUGCUGCAGAACGCCAAUCCGGUGUUUGCAGCCCUGGUUGCCAAGCUCAUCGCGUCAGUAGAGGUCAUCUGGGACGUAAUGGCAUGGAUUCCAGGCGUGGGGCGUGCCGUGGUCUGGGCAGGACUCGCGUCUGUGCUUGCCUUUCCGGUGCGCGCGGCGUGCGAGUCGAUGCUGGCGAUCGACGAGGACGACGACGCGGUUAGCAGCGAUAACGCUGAUCCACACAGCCUUCGGCAUCGGCUCGGGGCUGCAACUCUCGCGGCAGCUGUUGUGGUUAUAGCCGUAUUUGUGGCGUCCGACGUUGCCGUCUGCGUGCCGCUCUUUGCGCUCGGCGUGGCGCCGCCGGCGUGGACCCUUGGGCUUCCCGACGACGCGGCUAUGUCCGGGCGCGCGCUUGACGCUGCCAUCGGGACGUUUUCGGGCAUCACCAAGCACGCCGCAGUUUGGCUGGUUGUGGCGCUGGUGAUGACGGCGUCACUCACGCUCGCAGUCUUCUCACAACGGCUUGGUCUCGAUCGCGAGCAUCCGACGCUGCGCCGACUCGGCCUGGCGCUGGCGAGUGGAUGCGGCACCAUGGGCUGUUUUGCGUUGUGGCGACUGAUCGAAUACAUUCGAUUCAACGGAUGCACGCUGCCCAAGAUCUUUGGCUUUGUGGGUGUCGUGGCCGUGCUUGCCGGCUGCGGCGCAGUGGCGUACAAGAUCCGGGCACACAAGACAAACCUGUGGCUGUGGCGGCGACUGAUGCGCAUCGGGCUAGCAGCCAUUGCAAUCCUCCUCAUUGCGCCCAUCGACUCGACAGCCAUCAGUGUUAGCGUUGUGCUUGUCGAGCGUGGCGAGCUGGCGGCGGCGGAGCAGAUCCAUGCCCAGCGAUGGCAUGUCGCCGGUCUGCCCAACCUCCUCCCACUUCUCGACCACGCCGACGCUCGGAUCGCCGCCGGCACUGCUGCCGUUCUCAAUGCUGCGCAGCCAAAACUAGCAGCUAUUCAGGACACACCGAUAUUCCCCCUCUCGUCCAGUCCGCUCCUCGGAGCGCGCUUUGCCGCCUACACCCUCAACACCUCACACGUCCACGCCGCCAUCGCUCGUGCGCUCGAAGGAACUACCGCACCAGCGGCGCUCGAUCAGCUCCGGGCCAUCACCCGCGAGGUGUCAUCGUCAUCGUCAUCGGUACCAGUCUCAUCAUCUAGUGCUUCCUCUGUCACUUUGUCGUCACCAAUCUCAUCGUCAUCGGCAUCCGCGUCAUCAGCGUCAUCAGCGUCAUCAGCGUCAUCAUCGACACACUCUGCCCGCUCGAAGAGAGCAAGCGGUCGGCUGGCCAUUCCUGCCGAGGAGCUGGCAGAGCUGAGACAGCUGCCAGCAGAGGAAGACCUACAAGCCACCUUUGACUCGCUGCAUGUGCUGCCUGUGGUGCCUGGAGGCAUGUCUUCGACGCCUGUGAUGGCCAUGCGUGUCACGCCGCGGUUGCGCUCAUCGGAUGAUGAUCUGCCUCCGCGGCUGUUGGUGCUGGACGAGGAUCCGCCCGAGACUGGCCCGGCCCGCCCACUUGCUAUCAAGCCCCACGUGUACGUCGUCGAUGCUGCUGCACACAUGGAGGUCUACCACUCGAACCACUCGUACUCGGAGGACGCAGAUGCGUUUGAUCCUCGCCCCGGGGCCGCGCUGGCGAAUGAUGUCUUGCCAGCGUCCGGGGCAGUGGCGGAUGCCAGUGUACAGCUCGCUGCGUCCAUUGCGCCGCGAAUGGCGCGUGCAACAGCCUUGGGUGGGGCGCUGCUCAUUGCUGGCGCUCUGGUUGUGGCGACGGCUGCACUUGCGGUGGGCUGUCCGACGUCGCGGCUGCUAGUUGCUGCCAGCUCGAUGGCGGCGCUCCAGGCGCUGCCGGGUGGGUGGGAUGCGCCUGGUGGCGCGCUGGUCAUUGGCGGCGUCCUGGUGGCUGUUGGCAGCUGGCUUGUGGUGUUUGCCGGUGCGUUGCCGGCGAGUCUGGCGGGACGGGCGGCGAAAACGACAGGGCGAAGCGAGCGGGCGCCGAUUGCGCUGUACGCCACAGCGGUGACGCCUGUCGAGGAGCGUGGGUGGCGAGCGUGGAUGGCCCGGAGUGUGGCACGGGUGUGGUAUGGUCGACUGGCAAUGUCGCGCUUGGCGUCACAGGUUGUCGCCUGGAGCCGCAACCCGUCAUGGCCCGAGUCGGCCAUCAUCGACGUCCGCGAGCACCCGGCCACUGUUCUCGUCCGGGCGUUUGAUCCGGCCGGCGACGACUGGUUGGUAGCGUCGGCAGUCGUCAUGCCCAGCUCGGCCGCGGGAGAGGUGGUCGAGCUCCCGCUGAGCCUCGCCCCGAUUGCGCCGGCUAACACUGCGCCGGCGUGGAUGGUGCUCCGUGCCGGGGCAGUGCCUGGCACAUACGUGUUGCGGUCGCUCCGCAACCUUCCGUGGUUGCCAACGCCGCUUGCGAGUGCCCGGCGAGCCUCAGUUGCAUGGCGCGAGCUGGCGUUGGCCAUGACUGCCGCUGGUUCCGUUGCACUGGUUGUCGCAGCGAUUGCAGCCGGACUCGCGUCCAACAUGACGUUUGGUUCUGCGCUUGGCUGGGCCGUGAGCGGCAUAUUUGGCGGCCUUGCUGGUGGCGAUGUGCCCCGGCUCUCUACCGGUGGCGCAGUGCUGUGGGCAUUGGUCGUCAUGCCGGUGAGUGCUGUGGCACGAUUGGUGGUGCUGCGGCAGGCGGCGGCCGCGCAAGUAGCGCUGAUGAGUGUGCUGCGGGCACGGACUCUGGUGAUCAGCGUCGUUGUUGUUGUAGGUGUGCUAGUUGUGGCAACGUGUCUCCUCCACGUGGCGCUGCUGGGUGGCAGCUCCCGGAGCGGCGAGCAGGCUGUCAUGGCGUGCAUCACUAACGCAGUUGGCCUCGACUACUCGAGUGAGACCCAUUGGAAGAGCGUGCUCGCGCGUAGCAUGGGUGCGGUCCUUGCAAGCCUGCCCGUGUCGAGCGCCGCGCUCGCGGGACUCGCAGCAAUGGUCAGCCUGCUGACGCGCGGCACGGGCCAGCUUGUGGCGGGUGGCUGCGCCGCCAUCGUCGUGGCAACGACCGUACUUGGAGCAGGGGUCAUGACUCUACUGACAACGAGUCGCGACCCGUCAGCCACCGGCGAGUUUGGAUCUGCGUUGGCGGUGGCGGCGCUGGCGGUGGUCGGGCUCGGCCCGGUCAACGCAAUGCCGCAGACUGCCAGUAUCCAGAUCACGGCGGUGAUCAUCGCAGGUAUGGCGGGUGUGGCGGGCGCGGCGUUGGUAGCAACUGCGCUGGCACGCGCAGUCUACCCCAGCUGA